AUGGCCAGCCCACAGCAUCAUGAGUCCCUGCCGGCCACACUCAAGACAAAUCCUGCCGCGAAGGAUUCUGGGGCGCUAUCCUCUGAACUUGCCGAGUCUGCGCCAAAGACGUCUCGAGGCCUGCAAUUUUGGCUCAUCAUUCUGUCGGGAUGCCUCGUGGACUUUGCAACCGCGCUUGACGCGACCAUCGUCACGACAGCGCUUCCCAGGAUCACCACCGAUCUCAAGGGAGAGUCCCAGUACGUCUGGCUUGCCAACACCUACGUGUUCGCCUGCACGGCCGUCAUGCCUUUUGUUGGUCAGUCGUCCAACAUCUUUGGUCGUAGAAUGCCUAUGAUCAUAUCGGUGGUCCUCUUCUCCAUCGGCAACGCCCUGGCUGGCGCGUCUGUCGACUCCAACAUGCUGAUCGCCGCCCGAGUGGUCACCGGCCUGGGAGGAGGGGGCAUCUUCGUACUAAAUGACUUGAUCGUUUCCGACUUGGUGCCGGUUCGCGAGCGUGCCAAAUUUCUCGGCAUUCGCAUCGCCAUCGCAACGAUCUCCACCAUUAUCGGGCCUGUCCUCGGUGGAGCUCUCGCGCAGGCAUCAUGGCGGUGGGUCUUCCUCAUCAACCUGCCCUUCGGUGGUGUUGCGCUGCUUAUCAUGGUUCCCUUUCUUCGCCUGAGAUACAAGCGCGAGCCCACCUGGGCGAAGGCGUUGGCACGCAUCGACUUUCUCGGCAACGCCAUCUUCAUUGCCUCGAUAUCGGCCGUCCUGUUUGGUCUCAUCAUGGGAGGUACUCAGUACCCAUGGUCUUCGUGGCACAUUAUUGUACCCCUGGUGCUAGGUUUUGCGGGCUGGGUUCUCUUUCACGUCCAUCAGGCCUCACCUAUUUGUAAAGAGCCAAGUAUGCCCCCUCGGCUUUUCAACAACCGGACCUCAGUCACCUGUCUAGCCCUGGCUUACAUCUCCAACAGCCUGCUAGAGUGGAUCGUGUACUUUCUCCCGAUCUAUUUUCAAUCCCUAAAGCAGGCUACACCGUUGGAAUCCGGAAUCGAUGUCCUCCCCUUCAGUGUCUUUUAUGUUCCGCUUGCCGUCCUGACCGGUGGUCUCAUGUCCAAGUUCGGGAGAUACAAACCGAUACACUGGGUGGGAUUUGGCUUCACAUCGGUGGCUUGCGGGCUGCUCGCUAUCCUGACCGCCACCUCUUCACGUGCUGCUUGGGUCUGUUUUCAACUUCUUCUGUCCAUUGGUGCCGGCUUCACUAUGAUCAGUAUCCUUCCUGUGAUCCAAGCCUCGCAUCCAGAAUCGUACCUGGCCACGGCAACAAGUACCUUCGCCUUCGUGCGUAACUUUGGUUUCGUCUGGGGGAUCACCAUUCCCUCCGUCAUCUUCAACGCACAGGUGAAUCGAAAUUUGUUCUGGGUUGAAGACGAUGCAGUUCGCCAGCAGCUCAGAGACGGCGGUGCCUAUGGCUACGCUGGCACGGGAUUAAUCAAUGGACUUGAACCCGUCGUAAAAGAACAAGUGUUCGAUGUGUACAGCUCAGCAUUGAAGGCGGUGUGGGAAGCUGCUGCGGCCAUGGCCGGUGUGGCUUUUUUCUUGGUGUUCCUGGAACAAAGUCUUGAGCUGAAAAUGGACCAGGAAACAGAAUUUGGUAUGGAAGAGGAGAGGAAACGGAAGUAUGAGAAGACUGAAGGAAUCAAUCGUGAAUUGGAGCUUGGAACAGUGGAGUGA